AUGGAAGCAGCACUCAACUUGUACAAGGAGAUGAUAAAUAAUAAGAUUCCACUUGACUUGCAAAUAUAUACCUCACUGAUUGGUGGAUUUCUAAAAGAGGGGAAAUUAAAUUUUGCCAUAGAUCUUUACUCAGAUAUGCUUUCCAGGGGUAUUGUGCUUGAUAUGUUCAUGUACACUGUUUUGAUAAAUGGACUCUGUAACAAUGGACAACUAGAAAAUGCGGGCAAGAUUCUAAAGGAAAUGGAUGGGAAUAAUAUAACUCCUUCUGUUCUUCUUUAUAACACUUUAAUUGCUGGACAUUUUAAGGAGGGGAAUCUGCAGGAGGCUUUUAGACUGCAUGACGAGAUGCUUGACAAAGGUCUUGUGCCUGAUGACACUACAUACGAUAUUCUUGUAAAUGGAAAGUUGAAAAGAUCAUACGCUCCAGUAAAGGCAUUCCUUAGAGGCGAGCCUCUACUCUUUACUGCUGGUAAGCUUGAAGGGAUUGCAGCUGUUGUAAAUGAGAAUGUUAGAACAGUUGGGUUUCAAGCUUCUGCCUGGAUCUCUGUUGGAACGCAGAUAGGGGAUGAAGUAAUAGGUAAGGUGGUAGAAGCACAUCCACGUGAUGAUAUAAUUUUUCUGAAGGAGGUAGUAAAAGAGUGA